GUGCUUCCAGAAAUAUGCAUUCACCCACAACAUAUCGCGAUUAAACCGAACGUCCCUGGUGGCGAUGAUGAACUGUUUGGAACUACUAAACGCCAUCGCUAUUGUUACGAAUAUUACAUUUUCAAGGAUUUCACCGUCGAAUAUUCCAACUUGAACACAAUCUAUUCAUCUUCAUCGCUGAAGGUAAAAGAUGAGACUCGUUGGUGUAGUUUGGCUGUUUUAAUGGAGUUGGGCUUUUGGAUGCGCGUUUUAUUUAUCUUGUCCAUAGAAUGUAGUACAGAUAGUACUUAUAAUUCCAUCUCGGAAUUCAUGUAA